AUGGUUCAAGAAGUGGAAGCUUUCUUCGGGGUUUAUCUCCUGUAUAAUCUGAACCCCAAAUAUAAGGGGCGUGUCUACAUUGGUAAAACCACUGACCCUAAUAGACGUAUACAUCAACAUAAUACUGGGGCUAAAGCUGGAGGCGCUUGGAAAACUGACGGCAAGGGGCCAUGGGAAAUGGUGCUGAUAAUCCAUGGUUUUCCUGAAGCUGUUUCGGCCCUCAGAUUUGAAUGGGCAUGGCAGCAUCCUAAAAUUUCUAGAAGAAUUCGACACCUUCCUGCUAAAAGAAAAUCAGAGAAAUCUUACGAUUUUCAUUUCCGUGUUGUAUCAGAAAUGUUAAGAACUGCUCCUUGGAAUCGAUUGGCUUUGACGAUACGUUGGUUAAAUCAAGAGUUCCGAUUGGAUUUCUCACCUACAACUCCUCCCCCUAAUCACAUGCCCAUUGAGUUUGGACCAAUCAUGUGUAAGAAGGUGGGAGGUAAAAAGAAGAAGACCAAUGAAAAGACAGGAGAUGAUGAGAGUGACAGUUUGAUGCUGGAGUUUUGUGACGUCUGUUAUAAAAGAAUUCAGAAGGAAGACGUAAAAUUGAGUUGUUUACACCCAGAAUGUUUCAUGAAGUCACAUAUUAUAUGUCUGGCACGAGUGUUCCUAGGCAACGCUGAUCAUGUGAUACCAAUUGAAGGCCAGUGUCCUAAAUGUGACGCCAUAUUGAUGUGGGGAGAGCUAGUCCGCCAGCGUCAAGGUUGUCAUAGAAAUCUUCAGAAAGAGGUAUAG